AAGCUCCCUCAGUGAGGACACGGGCACCAGCUAGGAGGGAGAGCAGCAACUCCAGGCUCCCCCGGCAGUAACUCCCAGACGCCGCCCCGCCAGACAAGCUGCCAGCCGGUGUGCCGUCUUCCUCUCUCACACACCAGCCCCCGGUUCCACCACCUCCCUCUGGAGAGAGCGCCAUGAGCACUGAGAGUAUGAUCCGGGACGUCGAGCUGGCGGAGGGGCCGCUCCCCAAGAAGGCAGGGGGGCCCCAGGGCUCCAAGCGUUGCCUCUGCCUCAGCCUCUUCUCUUUCCUGCUCGUGGCUGGAGCCACCACGCUCUUCUGCCUGCUGCACUUCAGGGUGAUCGGCCCUCAGGAGGAAGAGUCCCCAAACAACCUCCAUCUAGUCAACCCUGUGGCCCAGAUGGUCACCCUCAGAUCAGCUUCUCGGGCCCUGAGUGACAAGCCUCUAGCCCACGUAGUAGCAAACCCGCAAGUGGAGGGCCAGCUCCAGUGGCUGAGCCAGCGUGCGAACGCCCUGCUGGCCAACGGCAUGAAGCUCACGGACAACCAGCUGGUGGUGCCGGCCGACGGGCUGUACCUCAUCUACUCCCAGGUUCUCUUCAGCGGUCAAGGCUGCCGCUCCUACGUGCUCCUCACUCACACUGUCAGCCGCUUCGCCGUCUCCUACCCGAACAAGGUCAACCUCCUCUCUGCCAUCAAGAGCCCCUGCCACCGGGAGACCCCCGAGGAGGCUGAGCCCAUGGCCUGGUACGAGCCCAUCUACCUGGGCGGCGUCUUCCAGUUGGAGAAGGGUGACCGGCUCAGCACCGAGGUCAACCAGCCUGAGUACCUGGACCUUGCCGAGUCCGGGCAGGUCUACUUUGGGAUCAUUGCCCUGUGAGGGGACUGACCACCACUCCUCCCCCUCUCCCACCCCAGCCCCCUCACUCUGGGCGCCCUCAGCCCCUCUCAUCCUCCUCUAGCUUAGAAACAGAAAUGAGGGGCUCAGAAUCAGACCUCAGAACUUUUAACACCACCACUUAGAAACCUGGACCGUGGUGGUGUAGGCCUGCACAGUCAGGGCCCUGGCCACACCAAAGCAUUCAAACUGAGGCUUCCAGGACUCACUGGGGCCUUCAGAACUCCAUUCUCAGAUUGAGCCCGGAACAUCCGGAAUGUGGGGACCACGUAGCCGUGGGUUCAGGCCAGAACCUUCUAGAAGAGCCCUUGAGAGAAGUUGUCACCCAGACCUAGGCCUUCCUCUCCUCAGAUGUUUCUACACUCUUCUCUGCAAUGUGGAGCCCCGCCCCCCGCCGAGGGCAGGGCCCCUCUAUUUAUAGUUGCACUGGUGAUUAUUGAUUAUUUAUUAUUUAUUUAAUAUUUAUUUAUUUGCCGAUGAAUGUAUUUAUUUGGAAGCUCAGCGCAUCCUGGGGUACCCAGCGUAGGAGCUGCCUUGGUUCUCACACGUUUUCCGUGAAAACAGAGCAGAACCAUGGGUCGAUCCCACCUGGCCUCCUGGCCCCUGUGCCUCCCUUCACUUAUGUUUUUAAGAAGAUAUUUAUCUGAUCAGGUUGUCUCACUAAUGCUGAUUUGGUGACUGACCCGUCGCUACAUCACCGAACCUCUGCUCCCUAAGGGAGUUGUGUUGGUAACCGCCCUACUGGUCAGUGGCGAGAAAUAAAGACUCCUUAAAAAAU